AUGUCGUUGCACAAUUGCCUUUUGGAAGACGCCAGGCAGGAUUUGAGGCAGGUGAAGAGAGAGAUGCAGAGGCAGAUGAGGCUGCUGGAACUAUCCACGAGGAGCUGCCUGUGUCCUGCCUGUGCAGCCCAGCCCUGCACCCCUGCUGCCUGUGCCAGCCCGAUCCCAGCCCCUGGGAGAGAAGAGCUGACACUGAGAGGCUGGAUGUGGAGCGAGAACUGGACAGAGUUCGCGAUUGACUCUAGCAGAGAUAAAAACCAAAGCAUGCAGAGAAGGCUUAGCAAGGUGUUUAACUCUUCCCAUGAUGACAAGCUUUUGGGUUUGACGGAUGUGAAGGGUUUCGACCCUGAGGAAGUCACUGUAACAGUGAAAGAUGGGAAGGUGAAGGUGUUAGCACAGCAUGAGGAGGAACGCACCACCAUUAGAGGGAAGGAGUAUAAGUACAGAAACAUUGUGAAGGAAGUCAGCCUGCCCCUGGGGGUGAGUGAGGAUGAGGUGACCUGUUCUCUGGGACUGGAUAGCAUCAUGAUGAUCAAAACAGCACACAAUGCCCCUGUCUCCUGA